AUGGCUACUAGAGCAGCUAAAAUUCUGAAAUUAUUGUCUAGUGAACAAAAAAACUCAUUGGAGCUUCCACUUCCAAAAUAUAAAUCGAAAAGGGAUUGUACAAAAGAAAAGCGAUUAAUGGCAUACAAAGACGAACCACUUGUUGGAGGUAAAGAAAUAGUAGCCCCUGAAUCUACAAAUCAAAUAUUUGAGCAAAGUUUGCAAAAUACGGAGCAGGAAUGUUAUGUAAAUGAGCCUACCUGUAUCGAAGAAAAAAAACAGAAUAACUGCAAAUCAGAUGAUUAUCAAACGGAAGAGGAAUUAUUUGAAUCUUCCGGUAGCGAAUAUAUUCCAGACACGACUGAUCAUGAUGAAACCGAUGAAAAUAGUAAUAUUUCGCUUUUAAGUCAAAUAGUUAUGGCGAUACCAGAGGAAAAUGAAUCUUCCUUCACCUGCAACAGAGGAAUAGAAAAUCGAAAUAUUUCAAAUAUAGGAAAUGAAGCAAAUUCUUCCAGGGGCAAUAAACAAAUUAAUAAUGACGAAUCCUUGCCCAGUAAUAUAUCAACGCUACUGCUCGAUUUAUCCAGUGAAGAAAAGGUAUUUUGUUAUCUUCAAAAUUGUAAAGAAACUCAAGAUUUGGACCCAUAUGAAUUCAGCGUAGAAGGACCUGUGGAUAAAUCAUAUAAUAAUAUUAUUGAAAAAAGCCUUUGCUACCUCCCCUAUCUAGAUAUCGUGGAUCCUGCAACUAUUAGAAAUAAAAAAGAAAAAAUUAUUAGUUUGACUAAAGAUAAUGAGAAGGACCAACUAGAAUCUGCACAUGACAGCCAGUUAAUUUCUCCAAAUGCUGAAACAAUGGACUUAACAAACCAAACAAUGGACUUAACAAACCAAACAAUGGACUUAACAAACCAAACAAUGGACUUAACAAACCAAACAAUGGACUUAACAAACCAAACAAUGGACUUACCAAACCAAACAAUGGACUUACCAAACCAAGUGCAGAUUACAAAUAAUUCUGAAUCGAUUGAGAAUAAAGCAACAUCUAUAUGUAUAACAGAACAUGCCACCCGGUUCAACGUACAAGUAACAGACCCACAAAUAUUUACAGCAGCAAUUACCAGUAACAAUAGUGCUGUCGAUAUUUGUGCGUUAGAACGCGAAAAUCCAGAGGCAAAUUCGUGCUUCUCCGAUGAUGCAUCGGAUUUAUCAUGCAAUGAAAAUUCCGACGAAAGCUAUAAACCAUCCUCAUAUCAGUCUAAUUCUUCUAUUGAUGGGGAUGGGAAAGAUUCCAAUAACAUGUACUCUGAUGAGGACCAAGAAAAGCUUAUAUCAACAAUUCAUUUUCCAACUACUUCUACUUCAUUGGAAAACACUGAAGCGAACACUGACAAAGACCUUUGCCCAUUUUGCUUUGAAGAAGUUGGACAUUUUUCACGUCAUUUGAAAAGAAAACAUUCCGAGGAAGAUGCAGUUAAAAAGAUCUUAGAAAUGAAAAACAAUAGUAACGAAAGAAGAGCCGCCAUAAUAGCUUUGCGAAAAAAGGGCAAUUUCAUAUUAAAAACAGAAAAAAACUUCCUGAAACCCGUGAGAAAAGUUAAAAACCGCAACCAAAUCGAUGGAGACUAUUAUCCAUGUACCGGAUGUUUGGGAUACUACAAAAAAACAUACUUGUGGAGGCAUAAAAAAAUCUGCACAGCGACAACUUCUCAUAAUAAAGAUGGUCCAAAAGUCCAACAUCUUAUUGAAGCCCAAACAUUUCUAGCAGCAACUGGUUUACUUGGCAAUUAUUUGGAAAAAAGCCGGCUGAAGGCAGAAGUCUUUCCAAUAAUGCGAGCCGAUGAGAUAAGUUAUACUGCCAAAAAAGAUGCAUUAAUAUGUCUUUACGGUGAAUCUUAUUUGAACAAGCACAAAAGAAAGCAAAUGACCGUUGUUACCUCAAACAGAUUACGAGAAAUAGCCCGACUUAAAUUAGCAUUACAAAAAUUUACCACUAUUGAAAAUUGCAUUGACUUUUUAAAACCAGAAAUGUACGAUAAUAUCAUAACUGCAUCCAAACUUAUUAGUGGCUUUAACAGCGAAACAAAAACAUUUAAAUCAUCAUCGUUAGCUCUACAUCUGGGAACAAAUUUGAAGUUUCUUUGUGACGUUGCCAAAAAGGCUUUAAUAACAAGAAAUCCUUUAUUUCCUCGACUAACUAAUACUGAAAAAUAUGAAAAAUUGAAAGACAUAUCUGAAGUUCGAGACCUAAUAAAGAAUCACUGGUGCAACGAUAUAUCAAGUUUAGCAAAUAAAGUGCUAAAUGAGGUCCAGUUAGAAAAACCCAAGUUAUUACCACUAACGGAAGAUAUCAAAUGUUUUAAUAAUUAUAUUUCCACAAAAGCAAUUGAGGCCUAUGAGAAGUUGCAAGAAAAAGAAAAUGUAACCAAUAAUUAUAAAUUGCUUGCUGAGUGUACUCUUUGCCUUGUGUUAGUGUUCAACAGAAAAAGGAUUGGCGAAAUCCAAUUUUUAGAUAUUCAGUCUUACGAAAAAGAUUAUUCUUGUUCAAAUUCCGAAGAAUUUUUGAACGCUCUUACGGAGUUCGAGAAAAAUAUGAGUUCAUGUUUUAAAAGGGUCGUUGUAUUUGGAAAGGGAAGUAAACCAGUUCCAAUAUUAUUUACAAAACAGAUGCAAACAUAUAUCGGCGCACUCCUUAAAAUUCGAAAAGACUAUGACAUUGUUCCCAAGACAAACAAAAAACAAAUUGCUACAAUUCUUCAGCUAAUGAAUUUUGAGAAUGAUGAAAUGGAACAGAUUGCUCGAUUUAUGGGACAUACUGAAAAAACACACAGAGAAUUUUACAGGCUAACUGAAGACAUAUACCAAACUGCGAAAGUUGCCAAAGUACUUAUAUUAUUAAACGCAGGUAAAGGAAACGAAUUCAAAGGAAAAUCUUUAACCGAAAUAGAAGUCAAUCAACAUGUUUUAGAAUAUGACGACACAGAUGACUUAUGUGAUAAACUUGACAAUAUUGAAAGCAACCAGCCUGUUGCAACUUUACCUUUAACACGCGCAGAUAGUCCCAGUGAGACUACUGAUUCAAUGUCGGAAAAUAAAGCGGAGGUUCCAAAAACAACAUCCAAAAAAUCGCCUGGAGCGAAUGUCUCCAAACUUCGGGGUGGACGUGUACGUUGGACACAACAAGAUAAAAAUCGCGCAGACAGUCCCAGUGAGACUACUGAUUUAAUGCUAGAAAAUACAACGGAGGUGCCAAAAACAAGAGUCAACAAAUUGCCUGAAGCGAAUUUCUCCAAACUUCGGGGUGGGCGUGUACGUUGGACUCAAGCGGACAAAAAUCUGGUACUAAAUUAUUUUAAAAAAAAUAUAAAAGGCAAGUUUGUGCCAAGAAAACAAGAUUGCUUAGAUUUUAUCCGAAAAAAUAGUUCAUCAUUCAAAGAUAGUGAUUGGCUCACAGACUAUGACUGGCUCGUCAAGGAUGGUAAAUUGAAGCCAUUGUGGUAUGUGGGCAAUCCAACUCCCGAUGCUGUUGAAGGCAUUUUACUUUUGAAUGAGGAUGAUGAUGACUUGAAUGGCAAAGAAGUUUCUGAUUCUUGA